CCUAGAAACCGGUCUGGCCCGCAGCAGAAUCGACCCACCCCUCAACACUCAACAACGGGACCUGGUCCGGGUGCCGUAGGCUCAAAACACACCCCCUGUUUGACCCGGCCGAGUGGAUUGGAUCGUUGGAUCCCCGCCUCCAGACUAAUCGCGUUUUUGCCGUUGCUCGAGUCAAGGAAGAAGUGGCCUUUCACGGGUACUUUUGGGGAGUGGUUGGACGAGAGCAGAAAGUGGAAUCCCUUUUUUUCUUAUCAAGAGGAGCUCUUCGUCUUGCCUUACCCACCUCGCCGUCCUCCUCCUCCUCCUCCUUCUUUCCCUUCUUCUUCUUUUCUUCUUCCCUCUUCUUCUUCUUCUUCUUCUUCAUCCUUCUUUUCAGGUAACCGACUAGAAGGGACAAAGACAGGCACCAUGUCUGAGGAAUCGCUGCUCGAGCGCAAGUACUUUGACGGGAUCUACAUCCCCGCUGGCCUUUUGGUCUUCGGCACCGUCAUCGUCAAGAAGGAAUGGACUCUCUACGCCGCCCUUGCGGCCCUCGUCUUGGGUGCCAUCAAGUACUUUAGGAUGCUCCCCAAGAAGGUCCUCAAGCCCGCUGUCUUCCAGGAGUUCGAGCUCAAGGAGAAGACCAUCAUCUCCCACAAUGUCGCCAUCUACCGCUUCAAGCUCCCCACUCCCGACUCCGUCCUCGGCCUGCCCAUCGGCCAACACAUCUCCAUCGGCGCCGCCAUCGAGCAACCCGACGGCUCCACCAAGGAGAUUGUGCGUUCCUACACCCCGAUCUCGGGCGACCACCAACCCGGCUACUUCGACCUGCUCAUCAAGUCCUACCCGACCGGCAACAUCUCCAAGCACAUGGCCUCGCUGCAAGUCGGCCAGACCAUCCGCGUCAAGGGUCCCAAGGGCGCCUUUGUGUACACCCCCAACAUGGUCCGUCACUUUGGCAUGGUCGCCGGCGGUACCGGCAUCACGCCCAUGCUGCAGGUCAUCCGCGCCAUUGUCCGGGGCCGCGCCGCGGGCGACCGCACCGAGGUCGAUCUCAUUUUCGCCAACGUUACCGCGCAGGACAUUCUCCUGAAGGAAGACCUGGACGCGCUGGUGGCUCAGGACAAGGGUAUCAGGGUUCAUUACGUCCUCGAUCGCCCGCCUGAGGGCUGGACCGGUGGUGUCGGCUUUGUCACGCAAGAGAUGGUGGAGAAGCUGCUGCCUAAGCCGGCGAGUGAUGUCAAGAUUCUGCUGUGCGGCCCUCCCCCGAUGAUUAGUGGGUUGAAGAAGGCGACGGAGGCGUUGGGCUUCCAGAAGGCUAGGCCGGUUAGCAAGUUGGAGGAUCAGGUGUUUGCUUUCUAAGCGAGUCUUGAAGCAAGUCAUGCAUCGAAUGGUUUGGCGUAUCUGUCUGAUCCCACUUAGAGGAGGACUCUAGGAGGAACAUGAUGGUGGGGAGUGUCAGUAAUGAGAUGGGUUGGAAAAGGAAAAGGUUCGGCUACUACGCGUCAUGAGAGGCCUGCCCCCUGAGAGCGCUGCCGCCGAUACCGGAAGGAUCUAAAAAAGGCAUUCGCGAAGCCGUUCUGUUCUAUGCACAUGACAGGUCGCGGGGCCAGCUAUUUAUCCCUCUAUAUAUACCUAUAAUAUGCUUGAAUUUAGGUACCAUCCUAUCCAUA